AUGGAUUCACAUCAUCCCCCAAACAAAAAACAACAAUUACUUUCAUAUUUAUGGAAAAUAUGGGAAAUUACAUAUACAAUGAUUCCUCUCGGAAUUCUCAGCUUUGGCGGUCCAAUGGCUCAUAUUGCUCUAUUGCAAGACAAUUUUGUCACCAAACGACAAUGGCUCACAGCAGAAAAAUUUACAGAAUUAUUUGCAGUUUGUCAGUCAUUACCUGGUCCAACCAGCACUCAACUUGUACUCACCAUUGGAACCAUGCACGCUGGUUAUUUAGGAGGUUUACUUGCUUUUCUUUUAUUUUCAAUUCCAACAGCAAUAAUCAUGGCUGUGGCUGGCAUUUUGUUAAAAGAUGAAAAAGUUACAGAAAAGUUUCCAUAUUAUCUUACGGUAGCAUUGAAUGGAUUUUCAUGUGCUGCAGUUGCAAUUGUUGCUCAUGCUGCAUAUACACUGUCUAGCAGACUUACAAAAGAUAUUUCUUCAAAAACUCUAUUAAUUGGAGCUUUUGCCACAUUCAUGAUUUGGCAAAAGUGGUGGGUGGUACUUAUUGUCAUGAUAUGUGGUGGAACUAUUAAUUUAAGCAUUGAUUAUUCUUUUAUUUAUUACCAAACAGCUGUAAAGGAACAUGGGUUGACAAAACCAAAGGGAAUCUUUGAUUCAGUUAAAUUCUAUUGGACUGUUUUCAAAAUCAAUCUCAAGAAAUUCAAAACGUUUAUGAGGGAUCUUUUUAACAAGAUUAGAAGAAACAGACAAAAUAUUCCAACACGAAUUAACUCUGGAAAUUUGGAUGACACUGAAGCUCCACAGCUCUUAGAAGAAAAUGCAGUUGAAGAUUUGGAAUCAAACUCUCCUAUUGAUGAUGAGAAACCAAAAAACAACGACAAUGAACUCAUUACUACCACCAACGUCACCUCAUUACCCCCAAGCAUUAAUCAAGACGUUCCUCUUCACAUGAGACCGUUUAUGAGCUUUAUUUUUAUUGGAUUGUUUAUAAUCAUACUUUUGGGAUUGAUGAUUGCUCGGCUCAUUGUGAAAUGGCCUCCGUUAGAAUGGGCAGAAGGUUUUUAUAGAAUUGGAUGCUUGAUUUUUGGUGGAGGACACGUUGUUUUGCCAAUGAUAUUGAACGAGUUUUCAGAAUUAGGUUAUCUUACUGAAGACGCUUUUGUUAACGGCUUCGCCUUGCAAAGCGCGCUACCGGGACCCAUGUUCAAUUUUUCUGCCUACGUAGGAGGAAUUAUGGGUGGCGUUCUUGGCGCAAUAAUAUGCUGGGUGGCACUUUUUCUGCCAGCUGUUUUGGUUGUUUUGGGAGCUCUUCCUGUAUGGAACAGGUAUAGAGAAAAGCAGUUUGUACAGAGCUUGUUGAAAGGUGUCAAUGCUACCUCAGUUGGAUUUGUUUUCACAGCAGUUUAUAUCCUUUGGUUAGCUAGCGUACCCAAUCUUCAUGUGGCUAGUGCUUGUACUGUUGUGUUCAGCAUUCUGUUCCUUAGUGUUUGGGAUCUGCCAGCUCCUCUGGUAAUUUUGAUGGGAGGAGCGGUGAGAAUUGCCCUUGAUGGUUUUGUACCAAGAAAUGCGUAA